UCUUCAGUGGCAGAAUUCGGUCUGGUAGACAGAGCCCAGAGCAGCGAAUACCCUACUGACAAGCGAAUUCUGUCUGCUCUCCUGCCACUGUUGGGGCGGUUCGGUGAACCACAACGGUCACCGUGUACUGUAGCUAUCUUGACCUCCUGGGCUCUCCGGUCGAGCCGGCUAGGCAGCAGAGUUGCGCCGACCCUAUUUUCGAUCGCAUCGCGACCCUAUUUUCGAUCGCAUCACGACCUUUGCAUCGCGAUCAGCUGAUUCUUCGCGUGGCGUGCUCCUCCCCACUUCACGGCGGGGUGGCCAACCAUGGCCUCCGCGAAGGGGGUACUGCGGAACGUGCAGGCGCAGGAGGAGGCGUCUCCGCAUUCCCCGCGGGAGGGGGGAGUCCUGCGCAACGAUGAGCUGGCGCGCCAGCUGGAGCAACUUAAAGACAUCGACGCGCUGCAGGCCUUAGCACACAGCAUGGCAGCCGGGGGAAAGGAAGGCUCGUCUGUGCUCACUGCGGCUCAGCUGGGAGAGGUGAUAUCUGCGCUGCAGGCGCAGGUGCAGGCUGAGGUGGCGACGCACCAUGACGAGCUGCUGCAGCAGUUAUCCUCGUUAAAAGACACUGAGGGCGUGCUCUCUGUGGUGCGCGCUGGAGUCGACUCUUUACUAGCCUCCGUCCAGCGUGUGCGGGCAGAGAUAGCGGACCCGUAUCGAGCCAUUCAGGUGAAGACACGCCAACUAACAGCGCUGUACGACACCAUGGAGCUGCUAAGAGCCGUCAUUAAAUACCUCAAGCUGGUGCGCAAGUUGCGGGAGCACCUAUCAUCAGGGGUGGAAAAGGCCGAGCUGAGCAAGGCGGGGCAGGUGUGGCAGGAGGUGGAGACGGUCCGGAGGGAGGCGCAGCUGGGGGGGGUGCAUCUGGUGGACGGGCAGCAGCAGUGGGUGGCGGAGGCAGGGCAGGCGAUCAGAAGGGAGGCGAUGAAGUCGCUGGAAGCAGGGAUGGAGGCGAUGAACCAGGCUGAAGUGGGCAGCGUGCUGCAGGUGUUCUUCAACAUGGGCGAGCUGCGCCCCACAGUGGACCAGCUGGUGGCGAAGCACAAGGGGCAGGCGAUGAGGGCAGUGGCCACCGGGCUCGACAUGAAGGCAAUCAGUGCAAGCAUGGGAGCAUCCGGGGGAGGUGGAGGCUUAGGAGGGUCUGUGGGUGGACCAGGAGGAGCCAUGCGGAGCGGCACACCUCCAAUGGGAGGGGCACCCCGAGCCAGGGAGGCUCUCUGGCAGAGGCUGACAGGAUGCCUGGAUGAGCUGGCGCGUGUGAUGGUGCUGACGUGGCACCUCCAGCGAGUGAUGGCGAAGAAACGAGACCCCAUCUCACAUGUGGUGUUCCUGGAUCAUGUGCUACAGUCAGGGGACGUCCUCCCCACGGAGCGGGUGUGGGAGGCGCUGGUGCGGGCGUUCGCCUCUCAGCUUCGAGCCACGUUCACCGCCUCCUCCUUUGUCAAAGAGACGUUCGUCUCCGCCUACCCGCGCCUCUUGGCGUCUAUUGAGGGGUUUUUGGACCGUCUACAGGCGGAUACAGAUGUCCGGGCGCUUGGGGGAGGGGGAGGAGCUGGAUUGGGAGGAGUUGGUGGGAGUGGGAUGGGAGGAGGGGGAGGAGUGGGGGGUUCGUGGGCGAAUGGAGGCACGCCACCUGUCAUCUCGGCGGAGCAUCGAGCGCAGCUGAUGGCUGCAGUGGAGCCGUUCCAGGUUGCAUACUUGACCCUCUCACUCUCCCGGAUGACCGACCCGAUCAAUGCAAUGAUGCCAGCAGCAGGGGGGGGGAGGGGGGGGGUUCCGGGGCCUGAGGCAGGGUUGAGGCUUAUAACGAGGAUGGAGGAGGAGGUGGAGGCAGUGAAGGGGAACGGGCGGCUGCUGCGACUCGUGCUGGCGAGUGCCGGCAAGGCGCUGCAGCUGCUGGCAGAGCGAUGCGAGUACCAGGUGGCCACUGGCCCGGAGUCCCGGCAGGUCCUGGCCCCCUGCUCGCCAUCCCAGCAGCGCAACAUCGCCCUGUGCGUGCUGCUGGGAGCCGUGCACACGCGCUGCAUGCACCUGCUGGCGCGGCUCCCCGAAGAGGCUGAUGCUGUGAUGGAGGCGGGUGUGGGGUCCGUGCACGGUGUGGCGAUGGACGCUGUUGCUCCACUGUUCAAGGCCAUGCGGGACCGCAUCGAGGCCUGCCUUCUGCAGAUCCACCAGCAGGACUUCGCCUCGGACGACCCCAACGCGCCUCCCUCCUCCACCACCCCGCCUCCCCCCGGCGCCGCCUCAAGAAACCGCCAGAACAGCAGCAGCGGGGGCUCGAGGGCAACCCAGAAACAGCAGCAGCAGCAGCAUGAGUCAGCAGGGGACAACUGUUCCCCAUACAUGGAGAACACCCUCCGUGCCAUCACUCAUUUCCACACUGAGUUUCUCUCCAAGCUUCUCCCCCCUGACUCCUCUUCCUCUGCGAUGGCUCUCUCGACACCUGCUUCGUCCAUAUUCGCUGCGUCCCUGUCUGGUGCUGCCGCCUCGGGUCCUCUCUCGCCGUCCACCGCCCUGCCUCCUGCAUCUGUGUCCGAACCCGUUGCACAGUCUCUUGCGAAACGCCUGGCAUCCCGCACGCUGCUCUUCUUUGUCCGUCACGCGUCUCUCGUGCGUCCGCUCUCAGAGGCCGGUCGCCUGCGCCUAGCCCGAGACAUGGGCGAGCUGGAGUUCGCAGUGGGGCAGCACCUCUUCCCCAACCAUGCUCUCGGGCCGUCCUACCGUGCCCUGCGUGCCUUCCGGCCCUUGCUGUUUCUGGACUUGGAUAAGAUCCCCACCAGCUCGCUUCUGCAGGACCUUCCCCCAAGCGUCGUCUUGCACCAUCUCUUCUCCCGCGGGCCACCCGAGCUGCUCUCCCCCUAUGCGCGCAUCCAGCAGCCCCCGGCGCGCUACUCCCUGUGGAUGGACCAGCACAGCGAGCAGCAGGCAUGGCAGGGGAUAAAGGCUUCUCUAGAUGACUAUGUGGGGAGUGUGAAGGCGAGGGGAGGGAAGGAGUUCCACCCGGUGUACCCAGUGAUGCUGCAGCUGGGGCAAACUCUGCUAGGGGGCGCAAAUGAGGGGAAGUAAGGGGUAGGUGUGACCUGGUGUGGCUACUGGGGCAGAUGCUGCUUGGAGGGGGGGGAUGAGGGGAAGGGAGUACGUCACUCUGUGGCUGGACCAGCACUCGGAGCAGCAGGCGUGGCAGGGAAUCAAGGCAUCCCUGGAUGACUAUGUGGGCAGCAUGAAGGCAAGGGGAGGGAAGGAGUUCCACCCGGUGUACCUGGUCAUGCUGCAGCUGGGGCAAAUUCAUCUAGGGGACGUGAAUGAGGGGAGGUAGAAGUUCCUUCCAUUGGGGAGUAUUGUGGGUGGGGGGGUGUUAGAAAUAGACUGCGAAUACUACUUUUGUAUUUGUACUUUUAUAUCCUAGUUUAGGUUAUGAAUGUUCUAGUGGGUUAGGGUGUACUCACAAAUCCCAACCUCACCCAAUUGUGAUCCCCCCAAUCUCCAAUUACCCAAUUAGAGAUUCCGGAGAUCCCAAUGGGGAUUCCCUCCAAUUCUCCCUUCAUCCAUUCACUCUCACCUUGCCAUGUACUUAUAGAGCCUUGGGCUCCUUACAUAAUC